CGCAGUGUGGCGGGAGCUCUAACCACAACUAUGAUUGACCCAAAUUUUGAGCCUGCAUACAGUUAAUUCUUUCUCUGGUGUGAUAAAAUGGCUGCAGGCAUCCAGGCUAUUGAUAAGAAGUCUGUGCAUCGUAUAUGUUCAGGACAGGUGGUGCUGAACUUAGCUACUGCUGUGAAAGAACUUGUGGAGAACAGUAUUGAUGCUGGUGCUUCAAUUAUAGAGGUGCGUCUCAGGGAAUAUGGCAGUGACCUGGUGGAGGUGGUGGACAAUGGGCUUGGGGUGGAGGAGAGCAACUUUGAGGGACUCACAUUAAAACAUCACACCUCCAAGCUGCAGGACUUUGCUGACCUGGUUAGUGUGGAGACGUUUGGUUUCCGCGGAGAGGCUCUGAGCUCUCUCUGUGCUCUUAGCAAAUUAACCAUAACUACAUGCCAUGUUGAUGGCAAAGUGGGGACAAAAUUAGAGUAUGAUCACAAUGGAAAGCUGAUUAACCAAACACCAUGUGCCCGGCAGCAAGGCACCACAGUUUGUCUUUCCCAGUUGUUCUCCACACUGCCAGUCAGAUACAAGGAGUUCCAGAGGAAUCUGAAAAAGGAGUUCAGCAAGAUGGUGCAGGUGUUAAAUAGUUAUUGCAUUGUGGCAACUGGUGUCCGGAUCUCUUGUACCAAUGUCACUGAAAAAGGGAAGAAAAGUACAGUCAUCAGCACAAAUGGAAACCCAGGAAUGAGAGAAAAUAUCACAAAUGUGUUUGGGGCCAAGCAGUUGAACACUUUGAUGGACUUCACCCAGUGCCAGCCUGAAGAUGACACUGCAGAGGAAUAUGGUUUGAAAAGUACAAAUAAGAAUGGUUUGUUGAAAAUUACAGGGUUCAUCUCUAAAUGUGAUCAUGGUCUUGGCAGGAGUAGCACCGACAGACAGUUCUUUUUCAUCAAUAAAAGACCUUGUGAUCUCACUAAAUUAUCUAAAGUGAUCAAUGAAGUCUACCACAUGUACAACAGACACCAGUACCCCUUUGUGGCCUUGAAUGUGUCUCUUGAAAAGGGUGAGCACACAAUGGAUAUGUUUCCUGAAAUGGAAGUGUUAGGGCAGUUUAACCUAGGAUUUAUCAUAGGUAAACUAGGGCCUGAUCUUUUCAUCAUUGAUCAACAUGCAACUGAUGAGAAGUAUAAUUUUGAAAACCUGCAAAAGCAUACAGUGAUACAGAGCCAGAAAUUGAUACACUGUACCAACUCAGCGUGUCAAGUUGGUCUCCAUGCCUGUAAGCAGGAACUGGACAUUUGGCAAGGAAGAAUGGAUAUGUUUCCUGAAAUGGAAGUGUUAGGGCAGUUUAACCUAGGAUUUAUCAUAGGUAAACUAGGGCCUGAUCUUUUUAUCAUUGAUCAACAUGCAACUGAUGAGAAGUAUAAUUUUGAAAACCUGCAAAAGCAUACAGUGAUACAGAGCCAGAAAUUGAUACAUCCACAAACACUGGAAUUGACUGCAGCCAAUGAAACUAUACUAGUGGACAAUCUAGAAGUCUUCCGGAAGAACGGAUUUGACUUUCAAAUAAAUGAAGAUGCUGUACCAACUCAGCGUGUCAAGUUGGUCUCCAUGCCUGUAAGCAGGAACUGGACUUUUGGCAAGGAAGAUAUAGAAGAACUGAUAUUCAUGCUGACAGAUUCACCAGGUGUCAUGUGCCGUCCCACCAGAGUGCGCCAGAUGUUUGCCUCAAGAGCAUGUAGAAGUUCCAUAAUGGUAGGAACAGCUCUUGAUAAAGCAGAAAUGAAAAAGCUUCUCUGUCACAUGGGGGAACUGGAUCAGCCAUGGAACUGCCCACAUGGUCGACCAACCAUUCGCCAUCUUAUCAACCUACACAUGUUGCCAGACUAGCAUGUAUGACUUUCAUCCUCUAAAGUGACUUACUGAACCACAAUGUAUGUCCACAAUUCUGCAUUUGAAUGAUAUCAGAUAUGAACUUUGAUCUUGUAAAUAUCAUAUACAUUCUUUUUGUACCCAAACUGGAUAAAAACAAAAUGUUUGGACACUGCCAGAAUAAGAUCAAAACAAGGACAUAUGUGAAAGUGGAAUACACAUGUAUGAUGGUUUCAUGUCAAAAUAACACUGACAAAACAAACACUUCUAAUUAUUGAAUGAGAGAUGUCUAUGUUAAAGAGAAAUAAAUGGUUUGUGUUUGUAAGGCUAAUACUCGCUACUCCUAUAAACCUGGGAUACCAGAUUAUUGGCUGGAUAUGAUGAGAGCCACAUUGGAGAUUACUUGGCAAUUAUGAUGAAUACUUAAUUUGCAAGCUUCCAAUAAAAAGAGUUUGGCAGAGCUGG